CCACCACCGGCACGACAGGCAGUUCUCCGCUUGGGUUUCUCAGCGAUUGCGUCGGUGAAGAAAGCCACGUGGACGAGUACGUGAACCAUGUUCUCGUAAGCUGCACUCAGUGUCUGGAAUUAAUCAAGACACCCUGCACGACUUGCCAAAAUAUCGCUAUCUUUUUCGGUAAAUCUCUUCGCUUCCCGCUGGUCAUUCCUCAAUUCACCUUCCAGCGCUCAAGCAGCCACUCAGCAACCACGAGUUCUCUCCGAUCCGCCGCUAUAAAGAUGUUCACUCCUCGCCUCAUCGCCAAGAAGUUCGUCGCUCGCGAACAAGGUGAAGGUGCCGGUGCACGUGUGCACCGAUCCAUCGGCACCACACGCCUACGCAACCUCGACCCGUUCCUCAUGCUGGACGAGUUCAACGUGGGUCUGCCCGGAGGCUUCCCGGACCACCCGCACAGAGGCUUCGAGACCGUCACGUACGUUUUGCCCACGUCCAAGGGCCACAUGUGCCACGAAGACUUUCUAGGCAACAAGGGCGAGUUGCGUCCUGGAGACCUACAGUGGAUGACCCCAGGCAAGGGGAUCAUGCACGCCGAGAUGCCCAAGAGCGAGGUCCCGGCUCACGGACUGCAACUCUGGAUCAAUCUACCCAGUAAGAGCCGCAUGGUCGAGCCUAAGUACCAGGAGAUCAGUCGAGACACAGUCCCUCACGCCUUCAACGACGACAAGAGCAUCGAGGCCAUCGUCUUUGCCGGGGAAGUCUUCGGCAAGCGUGGCCCCAUUGAGACGGUGGCUCCAGUCACCUACGUGCACUUUAUGUUGCAGAAAGGAGCCAAACUCGAGUACCCCAUCCCAGAGAGCCACCACGUCUUCGUGUACGCCGUGUCGGGCACAGGCAAGUGCGUGGAGCACUCGAUCGAGCCUCACGAAGCCAUCGUGCUCGAGAUGAAGGGCGACGGUGUGUUGUUGCAGGCUGACGACAACGACAAUCUCGAGGUGAUUGUCAUGACGGGACAGCCACUGGAAGAGCCUGUGGUGCAGUAUGGUCCCUUCGUCAUGAGCACAGGCGACGAGAUCCGCCAGACGUGGGAGGAUUUCCAGCUCGCCAAGAACGGCUUCGAGAACGCGCACUCGUGGGCCUCGGAGAUCGGCAAUCGCCGUCGUUGAAUCACUAAGUGGAGAGCUGAAAAUGGUGAGAACGACAUCGCCAUGUUAAGAGCUUCAGCGGUGGUGAUGCUUGUCAUCACACUCCUCUAUAUUGUAUGCUAAAGAAAAUCGUUAGCACUAGGUUAACGAAAACAAAUGAAUAGGUAACUUUCUGAAACACACUUUUCUUGUCAUUUGG